CGCCGCCGCGCUGCCGGGAACAAUGAGGCGCGCGGCGCGGGGCUGAGCGCAGCGCAGCGCCGGCCCCGAGGCCGAGCCACCAGCCGCGCCUGCAGCUGCCGCCCGGCGCCGAGCGCCUCUGGCCCCGGGGAGGUGAUCCCGCAGGCCUCCCGGGACGCGAGCGCGGGUCGUUCGGGGGUCCCGAGGUGGCGCGGGGAGGCUGCUCCGCGGAGGCGGGGGCGGCCACCAGCAGAAGGAUCUGAGCCGCGCGCGCGGCGUCCGCAGCCCCUAAGUUCCGCGGCGCGCCUCCGGCGCCCCCGGCCCCAGGUCCCGGCUCCCGCGAGCGGCCAAGGGAGUGUGGGAGCGCGUGGCGCGCGCGCCCGAGCGGCUGCCGGGGAAUAAAAUGUGACACGCACGUCUCCGACUCCAGCGCCGCGCGGCCGGGGAGCGCCGAGCACAGCGGGAUCGGACGCUGCGAGGCGCGGCGUCCGGAGAAGGUUCAUUCGGACUCCCACCGCUUUAGGACACAAGGUGCUGACCCCAGGGACCUGCCAUGAAACCACACUUGAAGCAAUGGAGACAACGAAUGCUUUGCGGGAUAUUCGCUUGGGGGCUCCUCUUCGUGGUGAUGUUCAUUUACUUCACCGACAGCAACCCAGCUGAGCCUGCACCCAGCUCCUUCUCCUUCCUGGAGACCAGGAGGCUCCUGCCCAUGCAGGGGAAGCAGAGGGCCAUCAUGGGCGCCGCGCAGGAGCCCUCCUUGCUCCAGAGCGUGGGUGCACACAAGGGCCUGCUGGACGGACGCCCGUCGGGCCCCUUCCACAGGGCGCCGGGCGACCUGUCGCAGUGGGCCCAGGUGCAGGAUGGGUUUGAAAGUGACGAAGAGUUCUUUUCAUCCCCGAUCGGGAGGAAAUCGCAAAGUGCUUUCUACCCGGAGGACGACGACUACUUUUUUGCCGCGGGUCAGCCAGGGUUGCAGAGCCACACUCAGGGCACGCCGGGAGCCCUCUCCCCCCGGGACCAAGGCCGGUCAGAGGGGGCUGCACCAGCCCGCCAGGCGCAGAGAAGGCGGGCGGGGAAGAGGCAGCGGAAAGCCGGCGGGAGCCUGGUGCUGGAGGACGGCGACGACGGGGACAGGCUGUACUCGUCCAUGUCCAGGGCCUUCCUCCACCGGCUCUGGAAGGGAAACGUCUCGUCCAAGAUGCUCAACCCGCGGCUGCAGAAGGCCAUGCAGGACUAUCUGAGCGCCAACAAGCACGGCGUGCGCUUCCGCGGGCGGCGGGCGGCGGGGCUGAGCCGCGCCGAGCUGCUGUGCGCGCUGCGGAGCCGGGUGCGGGUGCGCACGCUGGACGGCAAGGAGGCGCCCUUCUCGGCGCUCGGCUGGCAGAAGCUGGUUCCCGCCGUGCCGCUGAGCCAGCUGCACCCGCGCGGCCUCCGGAGCUGCGCCGUGGUCAUGUCGGCCGGCGCCAUCCUCAACUCCUCCCUGGGCGAGGAGAUAGAUUCUCAUGACGCAGUUUUGAGAUUUAACUCUGCUCCUACACGCGGCUAUGAGAAAGAUGUUGGAAAUAAAACCACUGUGCGCAUCAUUAAUUCCCAGAUUCUGACCAACCCCAACCAUCACUUCAUUGACAGCUCAUUAUAUAAAGAUGUCAUUUUGGUGGCCUGGGACCCUGCUCCUUAUUCUGCAAAUCUUAAUCUGUGGUACAAGAAGCCAGAUUACAACCUGUUCACUCCAUAUGUUCAGCACCGUCAGAGAAACCCAAAUCAGCCAUUUUAUAUUCUUCAUCCAAAAUUUAUAUGGCAGCUUUGGGACAUUAUCCAGGAGAACACCAAGGAGAAGAUUCAGCCCAACCCACCAUCUUCCGGCUUCAUUGGAAUCCUCAUCAUGAUGUCCCUGUGCAGCGAAGUGCACGUGUACGAGUACAUCCCGUCCGUCCGGCAGACGGAGCUGUGCCACUACCACGAGCUGUACUACGACGCGGCGUGCACGCUCGGCGCCUACCACCCGCUGCUCUACGAGAAGCUGCUGGUGCAGCGGCUGAACACCGGCGCCCUGGGCGACCUGCACCGCAAGGGCAAGGUGGUCCUGCCCGGGCUCCGGGCCGUGCGCUGCCCCGCGCCCAACCCCGCCGGGCCGCCCUCCUGAAGAGGGGCUCUUGAGAAGCGAUGUGCAAUAAGGUACUACUGUUGUGCUCUGAGUCACAGGAGAAUACUUGAAGAUCUCUUUUAGGCAAUGUAGGCUUCAGCCUUUAGACUGUAACGCAGCGGUGGCCACGAGAAUUCUUCUUUUUCUAAGCCAUUGAGUAUUUAUUACUGCUUUGAAUACAGAAAUGGAAUUUAAAAGGAAAAAAUGCUCAAGAAAGAUGCAAAAAAAAUGCUAAAAAGGAGGGGGGGGCAAACGAAUGACAAAUGGGUAUUGUACCUCCAGAAAUGUUAACCUUUUCUUAUGCCGUGGGCAUCCCUGAUGAGGGUUGGUUUGGGCUACAGGUUUCCGUGAUGUACCUGAUGUUAUGAAGUGGUUUAUACACUCUUGUUGAGGUACAGUAUCUGUAGCACCUACUGUGUUACUUGUACAUUCAUUCGUUAUUAAAGAUCCUAGCUUUUAUGACAAGCAUCUGAAUUAUCACUCAGAUGUGUUUAUUUUAACAUCAAAAUCCCCCAUAUAUGUUGAGAGAUGCGCAUGUUUACAAACUGUUGCAUUCCCCCACUGUUUCCCAUUGCCCACCAAAGCUUUGUUCUUUGUGUAUCAGGACAGAUUUCUAAAACCAGAAAGCAUCCAUCUCGAGCAGUCCAAGAAAAAGCCAACCCUGGGAUAGCACUACAGAGGAGAAACUUUGUUUUCCUGCAGUAUUUUCUUGCUCUGGCAAGUAAAUACAGAAUCACCCAGCUGCAGGGUGGCCCGGGGCCAGAAUGUUCCCAGCUCCAGAUUUCCUGCAUUGUACCUCCUCAGCUGCCAGUCCUCCCCACAGACCUUACACUGUUACACCCAGGGACACUUGUGACCCCCUCCCCCGGGGGGAGGGCUCUUUCCUUCCGAUCUAGAAGGAGGGAACGCAGUCUAGAAGGAGGGAAUGCGGAGCCUUCACUCUGUGCUUCUAGGGAUGCACACCUAUCUCUCUUGAGAUUUCUUUCAGGUCCAUAUCAGCUGCUGGAACCCCAGCAAUGAUGGACUGGAUUUUCACUAAUUCUCUCUGCAGACAGAUAUUGAGGAACCCUGUCCCUGUUUUCACAGAUGUAUUUUAUGUCGGCCACAUACAAGCCAUAUAAUUAAAUAAAAUUGUGUGAAAACAUUGCUCUUUAACAACAAGGUAAAUACCUAUAUGCUUAAGAGGCAAAGCCAGCUAGAAGGGAGGAAGUUAUCACCCCAAUACAUUGGCUAUAUUCAGAUCUGUUUUGUUCUGUUUUUAAUCUCAACUUUUAUCACUGAUGCAUUGAAAUACAAUUUUUUUGCUA